AUGACAGCAGGAUCCCAGGGUCCACGUCAACUUGUCCUGGGCCUGCUGCUGUGUGCGCUCAGCCCUGCCCUGUCCCGGGGUGGGAAGCUGUUGGUGGUCCCCUUAGAAGGCAGCCACUGGCUGAGUUUGGUUCCGGUCGUCCAACAGCUGCAGCACAGGGGACAUGACAUAGUGGUCCUCGCACCUGAUGCCUCCAUGUACAUUAAAGAAGAAGCAUUUUUUACCUUGAAGAGGUACCCCGUGCCAUUCCGAAGGGAGGACUUGCAAGCAGCUUUUAACAGCCUUGGGCGUACUGUUUUUGCGAAUGAUUCUUUUCUGCAGCGUGUGGUCAAAACAUACAAGAAAGUCAAAGAGGACUCGGCUGUGCUUUUUUCCGCCUGCUCCCAUUUACUGCACAACAAGGAGCUGAUGGCCUCCCUGGCGGCAAGCAGCUUUGAUGCUGUGUUGACAGACCCUUUCCUUCCCUGUGGCCCUAUCGUGGCGGAGUACCUGGCUGUGCCUGCCGUGUUCUACUUGAAUGGACUGCCGUGCAGCCUGGACUUUCAGGGUACCCAGUGUCCCAACCCACCAUCUUAUGUGCCCAGGCUUCUGUCUUCUAACUCAGAUCACAUGACCUUCCUGCAGCGGGUGAAGAAUAUGUUGAUUGCCUGGUCAGAGGGCUUUCUGUGCAGUGUGGUCUAUUCCCCGUACGCACCACUUGCCUCCGAGGUCCUUCAGAAAGACGUGACUGUCCAGGACCUUAUGAGCUAUGGGUCUGUCUGGCUUCUUAGAAGAGACUUCGUGAAUAAUUACCCGAGGCCCAUCAUGCCCAAUACAGUCUUUGUUGGUGGGAUCAACUGUGCUAGCAAGAAGCCACUAUCUCAGGAAUUUGAAGCCUAUGUAAAUGCUUCCGGAGAGCAUGGAAUUGUGGUUUUCUCUUUGGGCUCGAUGGUCUCAGAGAUUCCGGAGCAGAAAGCUAUGGAAAUUGCUGAUGCUUUGGGCAAAAUACCUCAGACGAUCCUGUGGCGGUAUACUGGGACUCCACCACCGAAUCUUGUGAAGAAUACAAAACUGGUCAAGUGGCUGCCCCAAAACGAUCUGCUUGGUCACCCAAAGGCUCGGGCCUUUAUCACACAUUCCGGCUCCCAUGGUAUUUAUGAAGGAAUAUGCAAUGGCGUUCCCAUGGUGAUGAUGCCCUUGUUUGGUGAUCAGAUGGACAAUGCGAAGCGCAUGGAGACCCGGGGAGCUGGAGUGACCUUGAACGUCCUGGAAAUGAGUUCGGAAGAUUUAGAAAACGCCCUGAAAACUGUCAUCAAUGACAAAAGCUACAAGGAAAACAUCAUGCGCCUCUCCAGCCUUCACAAGGACCGCCCCAUCGAGCCUCUAGACCUGGCUGUAUUCUGGGUGGAGUUCGUGAUGAGGCACAAGGGGGCGCCACACCUGCGGCCUGCAGCCCAUGACCUCACGUGGUACCAGUACCACUCUUUGGAUGUGAUUGGCUUCCUCCUGGCAGUCAUACUGACGGUCAUCUUCAUCACCUUUAAGGGCUGUGCCUUCGUCUUCCGGAAAUUCUUCGGGAAAAAAGGGCGUGUGAAGAAAUCUCAUAAAUCCAAGGCACACUGAACGCUGUGGUGGAAACCUGCAGAAAGAGUCAGGUUAAAUUCAUGUUAUGCUUAUUCAAGAAAUACUUUGCCAGAAAAUGAUGCCCCAGAGUGUGUUUUAAAAAGCAAAAGUGAUCAAAUGGAGAUAUCUGAGUAUCUUUUCUGCCCUCCUCCUGUAUCUUUAUUCUGGACUUUACUUGCCAUCUUUCAGAUGACUUGCUAAGAGGGUUGGCUGGCUAGGUUCCUCCUUCAACCUGCAACACUUUUCCUACUCAGAAAUGGGGCUUGUUUGGGAGCCACGGCUGCACACCCACCACCACCCCCACCCCUAGGAUGACAGUUGUAACCUCCUCUUCUGGCAUCUGUAGACGGUUGUGAUAGGUUCCUUCACCAAUAAUGUCUGGUUCCAAAUUAUGCUCAUGCUUCACAGAUGUCACUUUGUGCAUGUAAAGAAGGGAACGUCUAUUCCUUGUACUUGAUAUGAUAUGAAUGAAUGGUAUAGAUUCUGACUUGGUGGGGAAAGAAUGGUGUAUAAAAUUGAUGGGUGAUGUGCCUGAGCAGAUAAUCGCUGCUUGUGCCAAAUGGAUCCGAAUUUGACAAAAGCCUAAAUUACAGCAACUGGCAAGUGUAUUUUCUCUGAUGUAAUAACUAAAACAUAU